AUGGUCAAGAAGAGAAUAAGAGACCCCGAAGUCCUCGAGGAGGCGCCUCCACCUAAGUCUGGGGCUGAUGAUAGUGGAAGCGAUGAUGAUGUGGACAUGGUCAAUAUUGAAUUUGAAUGGUUCAAUUUCAAACCGGACAUCGAUUUUCAUGGAGUCAAGAGCCUAUUGAGGCAACUUUUUGACGUUGACUCACAACUCUUCGACUUGUCCGGCCUCGCAGACCUCAUUUUGUCGCAACCAACAGUUGGCUCUACGGUGAAGGUGGAUGGAGAGGAUACGGACGCCUACGCUUUCUUGACAAUACUCAACCUCCAUGAGCAUCGAGAGAGAAAAGUCAUCAAGGAUUUGACGGCUUACCUGGUCGAGAAAUCAAAAUCGAGUCAAGCACUUGCACCACUCAGCAACGUGCUCGCCUCCUCAUCGCAAGUCGGGCUUGUCCUAGCGGAACGUCUGAUCAAUGUUCCUGCAGAGAUUGCCCCACCGAUGUACACGAUGCUCAUAGAUGAGAUUGAGGCUGCUGUGGAAGACAAGGAGCCUUACGAGUUCACACACUACCUCAUCAUCUCAAAAACGUAUCAGGAACUAGCCUCAGCCUUGGACGAAGAAGACGCACCAAGAACAAAGAAGAGCAAGGCGAGCAAGACUAAUAGGGAGACUUUUUAUUUCCACCCAGAGGAUGAGGUUCUGCAACGGCAUGCUCUGGCAUUGGGAUCAUUUGAGUAUAGCAAGGAUGAGGGCGAAGGAAUGGCAGACAGCAAGAGGGCAUUUUCUGACAUGGGUAUCAAGCCACAGGGUUCAAUGAUCUUGAUUGAAGCAGGUAAGUUCGAAGGUGCAGUAAAAGCCAUCAGCGAGUACUUGAGUCCACCGCAAUAA